GACCGCGUUGUCUCCAUCGUCCUCUCUCUCAUUAACUUAAGCCACCAACCAUCUAUUCUCUCUCACAGUACCAUUUAGAUUGGAACGACGAAAAAUAGACGACAACCGAGCAAAGCAUAUCCAUCAAUCAGAUCUCCGGGCACUUAUCAUCACGUGGGAGGCCAAACCCAUACACAGCAUCAUCUGUGAGCUGUAAGAGCAUGAAGAGUUCCGACACCUCGACUGCCCUCCUAGGAGCUUCUUCUGGCGGAGGAGGGGAGAAAACGCCUAAGGGGCGGCGGUGGCUGUGGUGGAUAACUUUCGAUGCGGCUGAGGCAAAGAGGCAGGCCCUGUUUUCGCUCCCGUUGAUCCUGACCAACCUCUUCUACUACGGCAUCGUUCUGAUAUCUGUCAUGUUUGCUGGCCACCUCGGUGAGCUGGAGCUCGCUGGCGCCACCCUCGCCAACUCCUGGGCCACCGUCACUGGCUUCGCUUUUAUGAUUGGUUUAAGUGGAGCUCUCGAGACGCUAUGCGGGCAAGGAUUUGGAGCCAAGCUGUACCGAACCCUUGGGAUCCAUCUCCAAACAUCGUGUAUCAUAUCAUUCAUAUUUGCCAUCCUCAUCUCCAUCCUCUGGUACUUCACCGAACCAGUAUUGGUCCUACUGCACCAGGAGCCAGAAAUUGCAGAGACCGCCGCACUCUACAUAAAGUUCCUCAUCCCGGGGAUCUUUGCUUAUGCAUUCUUACAAAACAUCCUGAGAUUUCUUCAGACGCAGACCAUUCUUUUACCCCUUGUGAUCUUGUCGUUCAUCCCUUUAGUCAUUCACAUUGCUAUUGCAUACUCCCUGGUCCAUUGGACUGCUCUCGGCUUUGAGGGAGCCCCACUGGCUGCUUCGGUUUCGCUUUGGCUGUCAUUUCUCGUGUUGGCUCUCUACGUGACCUGUUCAAACCAAUGCAAGCAUUCAUGGGGGGGAUUCUCUGUAGAGCCAUUCCAGUACAUAGCCUUUAACCUGAAACUGGCCUUGCCCUCUGCAGCAAUGGUAUGCUUGGAAUACUGGGCUUUCGAGAUUUUAGUUUUCCUCGCGGGUUUGAUGAUGGAUGCACAAACAACCACGUCUUUGAUUGCGAUUUGCGUGAAUACAGAAGCCGUCGCCUACAUGAUCACAUAUGGACUUAGCUCUGCUGCAAGCACGAGAGUGUCAAAUGAGUUGGGUGCAGGCAAUGUAGAUCAAGCAAAGAAUGCCAUGGCCAUGACCUUGAAGUUCUCUAUCAUGCUCGCCAUAACUUUCGUGCUCGCUCUAGCCUUUGGCCACAACUUGUGGGCCGGCCUCUUCAGUGGAAGUUCCACAAUAAUAAAGGAGUUCGCUUCCAUGACACCAUUUGUUGCCAUCUCGAUAACGCUCGACUCUAUACAGGGCGUCUUAUCAGGGGUGGCUAGAGGAUGUGGGUGGCAACAUAUAGCUGUGUGGGUUAACUUAGCGGCCUUUUAUCUCAUUGGAAUGCCGGUCGCCGUUCUCCUCAGUUUUAAGUUUAAUCUACAUGCUAAGGGAUUAUGGAUAGGCCUAAUAUGCGGCCUCUUAUCCCAAGCUCUCACCCUCUUGGUUAUAACGAUCCGAGGGAGAUGGAGUAGAGUCAAUCUCUCCAUCAACGACGAUGACGAGAAUCAAGUUAUCGCAUAACAUUUAUAUGCAAAAGAAGAUCUGUUAAGAAACUAGUUUUUUUUUUUUUGCUGGGUUGUCCAGAAACUAGUUAAGAUUGAUAACAAUUGCGAAUUUGUAAGGGUAAAUUGCACCGGUGGUCUAAAAAAUUUUACAAAUGUUUUAAUAUGGCACAAAAAGUUUUUUUUUUAACUUGAUGGUACAAAGCGCUUUAAAGUUGUUUUAGUAUAGUAUAAACCGUCAUCUCGUCAUUGACGUUGUCAAGCCAUACUUUACAAGACUGAAAAUUUUACACUAUCAUGUAACUUACGUUAAACAUUUUGUACUAUUAAGUUAAAACUUCAAAAUAUUUUGCACUAUCAUGUAACGUUCCACAAAAAUCGAUUUUUCACCAUCAACAUCAGCUUGACGGUGUCAAUUGCGAGAUGACGGUUUGUACUAUACUGAAAUAACUUUGAAACAUUUUGUGCCAUCAAAUAGCAAAAAAAAAAACUUAUAUCAUAUUGAAACAUUUGUAAAAUUUUUUGGACCACCAAAGUAAUUUACCUAAUUUGUAAACAAAAACCUCUGAGAAAAUCUUAGUUGAUCAAUUUGGUGAGGAAAUGCCAACAAAAGAUAACCAACUCAGAUGUGGGGCCCCAUAAUUCUCUCCCACGUAACUCUGUUAUGUGCUGCUAUUGUUAAAUCGUCCUACAAUAAGUUUGCCUUUUUUUAAUAUCAA